AUGACCACUCCAAGUUUAAUGUCUGUGGAAAAUGGAACAGAUGGAUAUAAGGCCAAUGAUUUUACUGGACAAAUAAAAGAGAAAAACAAUGGAAACAUGACCACUCCAAGUUUAAUGUCUGUGGAAAAUGGAACAGAUGGAUAUAAGGCCAACAAUUUUACUGGACAAAUAAAAGAGAAAAACAAUGGAAACAUGACCACUCCAAGUUUAAUGUCUGUGGAAAAUGGAACAGAUGGAUAUAAGGCCAAUAAUUUUACUGGACAAAUAAAAGAGAAAAACAAUGGAAACAUGACCACUCCAAGUUUAAUGUCUGUGGAAAAUGGAACAGAUGGAUAUAAGGCCAACAAUUUUACUGGACAAAUAAAAGAGAAAAACAAUGGAAACAUGACCACUCCAAGUUUAAUGUCUGUGGAAAAUGGAACAGAUGGAUAUAAGGCCAACAAUUUUACUGGACAAAUAAAAGAGAAAAACAAUGGAAACAUGACCACUCCAAGUUUAAUGUCUGUGGAAAAUGGAACAGAUGGAUAUAAGGCCAACAAUUUUACUGGACAAAUAAAAGAGAAAAACAAUGGAAACAUGACCACUCCAAGUUUAAUGUCUGUGGAAAAUGGAACAGAUGGAUAUAAGGCCAACAAUUUUACUGGACAAAUAAAAGAGAAAAACAAUGGAAACAUGACCACUCCAAGUUUAAUGUCUGUGGAAAAUGGAACAGAUGGAUAUAAGGCCAACAAUUUUACUGGACAAAUAAAAGAGAAAAACAAUGGAAACAUGACCACUCCAAGUUUAAUGUCUGUGGAAAAUGGAACAGAUGGAUAUAAGGCCAACAAUUUUACUGGACAAAUAAUAGAGAAAAGUAUGGAAUUUUUUUAA